CACCCCCCAGCAGUUUGUACCCACUCACAAAACCUUCCUGAUGCCAGUUUCUCAUGUAGAAAGAAACUUCAUGGAUCCCAUUGCAGCUGAGCUGUUCUGGACACGAGAGGGCUGCUGAACUGUAGUAUGAGGUCAGGCCCGUGGUCACUCUCUUCUGACACCAGCAAGGCCUUUUUCAUGCCCAGUGACCCCACUUUUCUUGGCUCAAGUGCAAACAUCAUUCCUGAAGAACGAUACCAAAGUCAGCCUCUGUUUCCUCAGUUUCUUCCUAUUCUACCCUUGGCAUCCCAACAGUGACCUUGAGCUCCAGUGCAUGCAGACAAACUUCUGCCACUCAGCGUGCCGAUGCUCUCCGUACAGCCCAAGGGGAAGCAGAAGGGCUGCGCCGGCUGCAACCGCAAGAUCAAGGACCGGUACCUGCUGAAGGCUCUGGAUAAGUAUUGGCAUGAAGACUGCCUAAAGUGUGCCUGCUGCGACUGUCGUCUUGGAGAGGUUGGAUCAACUCUUUACACAAAAGCAAAUCUCAUUCUCUGCCGCAGAGAUUACCUGAGGCUCUUUGGUACCACCGGGAAUUGUGCUGCCUGCAGUAAACUGAUCCCUGCCUUUGAGAUGGUGAUGAGGGCCAGAGAUAAUGUUUACCAUUUGGACUGCUUUGCCUGUCAGCUCUGCAACCAGCGAUUCUGCGUGGGAGACAAAUUUUUCCUGAAGAACAACAUGAUCUUGUGUCAGAUGGACUAUGAGGAAGGGCAGCUGAACGGGAGCUUCGAGUCCCAGGUUCAAUAACAGCCCCUGCUUGGCUGGAGCACUGUGGGAUGGGCGCUUGGCCGCACGAGCAGCGAGGGCGUCUGUCAGCUUGCCUGCAAUAUUUUUUUAAUUCUUGGUCCAGAGAGGACUAUAUACAUUGUAGUACUUUUCCCCCCCAACACAAAGCAGUUACAAUUUUAGAUGUACAGUUGUGCCUGCUUAGCUGAGCACUGCAUUGCCUGUAUGUUUGUGAGUUUUUGGGGUCUGGGGGAGGGCUCUGUACAGUCUGUUUUCUGUAUAUAAACUGGAACAUUUAUUUUAUGAAAAAUGUAAUGCAAUUUUAUUACUGGUGUGAAUUAAAAAUUAUGAAUGUUUCCUGGUCA